AUGGCUGAAUGCUUCGCGAAAAAUCCCGAUGAAAGACCAACAUUUUGGGAGAUUUUGAAAAAGUUAUCACCGGAUGAAAAUGCGGAGAAAUAUAGUAAGAUUGUUCCGUUGAGUGAAGGAUCGGAUAAAAGAUCGGAGAAGAAAAAAGAGGAAGAAAAGAAGACUCAAAAAUCGGUGAGUUUUUCGCCGUGAGAACUUUAGACUUCAAUGUUCUAAAUUGCAGAUCAGAAACAAAAGUUCGAGAUUCGAAGAAAAAUCACAAGCGAAACAUGCUGAAUCAAUCUUUUUGUCUCCAGCAUUUUCAGACGGAGGAAGUAGAAGAGCAAGAAAACCACGUGGAUUGACAGUUGAAAAAAACAAUGAGUCUUGA